AUGUGGAGUGAAGAUCGGGUAACAGGUAGCAACGCGUUUCAUCACAGUGUGCCGGGAGCCAGCUCCUUCACCGUCGACAACUUCCACGUGCGGAACUCUGUUGUCAAGCACUACAUCCUCUCCCACUUCCAUGCCGAUCACUACGCCGGGCUGAGGAAGAAGUUCAACUCAGGUAAGAUCUACUGCACGCCCGUCACUGCAAGGCUGGUGAAGUUGAAGAUCGGAGUGAGCGCGGACCACCUGGUUGCCGUGGCUUAUCACUCUCCGCUACUCAUCGAGGGGACCCGCGUCACCUUCCUUCCUGCAAACCACUGUCCGGGCUCGGCACUGAUCCUCUUUGAGACUCCCGAUGGCAAGUGCCACCUGCACACCGGAGACUUUCGCUUCCACCCAAAGUUCAGCGAGGACCCGGUCUUGUCCUCCUUCACAUCGACUGGGAGCAGGAAGAUAGAUCAUCUCUUCCUCGACACCACCUACUGCAGCCCUGAGCACGAGUUCCCUGCCCAGGAGGACGCGAUUCGUUUCGUCGGGGAGCUGGUCAAGUCGAACGCGUUUGCCAACAGGGAGACUUUGUUCCUCGUCGGCUCCUACACCAUCGGCAAGGAGGAGGUCUUCCUGCAGGCGGCGCGGGAGAGCGGCUGCAAGCUGUACGUCCAUCCCGCCAAGAAGAAGGUCCUCGAGUGCCUCGAGCUGAAGGAGGAGGACCAGCAGCGCCUGACGACGGUGGCGCAUGAGGCCAGGCUGCAUGUAGUGCCCAUGGGAUGCAUCAACUUCAAGCAGAUGUCGGCCUACCUGGGGAUGGCAAAGGGGAAGUACAAGACUGUCGUCGGGAUACGACCGACCGGAUGGACGUUCUCUGGGGGACCCAGGCAGGAGCGAGGACCUCUCGUCAUCUACGGGGUUCCUUACAGCGAGCACAGCAGCUUCUCGGAGAUCCGAUCGAUGGUGAAAUGA